AAAAGUUAUAUGUAUACAGGACCUCAUUUAAAAAUUAAUAACAAAACAUGUCUAUUUAUUUCUUCUGUACAGCACUUUAUUGGUUUUUAUAGUGGUUAAUUAAAGUUGGAUUGGAUUUGGAAUAAUUAAUGGGGGCAUUGGGUGUUGGCGCUUAGUUCUAGACUUUUGCUAAUGAGUACUUUAACAUAUAGAUAAAUUAGAUAAUAUGGACAGUGAAAUCUUAAAAUAAUAACGUUAUCAGAUAUUUCCACAUAACGUGUUCAGCUGAAUUAACGCUUACAGUAACGGCUUAUCUCGCCGUACAAUGUUUUAACACUGGGGGGCGCCACACUUUCUUCCAGUGCUACUAUCACUUCCUGUAGACCUGGAUCGUGUUUUAACCAAUGGUUUUAACCUUAACGCGUCAGCAGUUGAGGUGGAGAGGCACUAGAACAGAGGUCUUACUCCGCCCUGAUUAUAGAAAAUGCUAUGUAUACACACACGGUGGCUUCCAAUUGCAGGCAUUGGUCAGCGGUCGCGGGUUUAAUACAGUCAAUCUUUUAAUAACAUGGGUCAAGAGCGAGCCUUUUCACAGCAAAUGUUUCAUUUCCACAAUCGGAAAAGCACCCCCCGUGUAUUUGAUUUACAGAUUUAUGCUGCUGCAUUACAUUUAGGUGGCGUUCCUCAUGUGUGCAGGGAGGAUCGGUGUCGCGGCUCCAUCAAAGCUGUUCCGUGCUCUUCCGCGUAUUCGGAAGUCAGGUGAUAUUUGUAGUGUACUCGUAGUGAGCGUCUGUCUUUAUAGACAAUCUUUGGAAACCUCCAGCAGUCAUACGUUAGGUGGUGUUGACAUAUAGAAGCGUUCAGGGCUGCAGCAGUGGUACUCCACUCUCAUCCACCCAGGAGAUGAAAAGAUGACUGUCUCAACAUUUACCCUUUAACCAGGAAGAAACUUAACACCUGAGGCACCGGGGGGUAACACGUUAGAAAGCUCUCCGUUGUCUAAAUCUCCACCGCCGCCACCGUCACGACCAGCAGCAGCAGACGUAGUAAGAAAUUGACAGGUAUGUCUCUGGCCGCUGCACGCGACACCGUGGUUAAAAAGAAGCACGUCCGUUUCGCUAGCAUGGAGGACGACGACGACAACGACGACCAGGAGGAGGACACUCUGUUUGACAAGAGGAAGGACACCGGGCGUGGACUGAAGAGUGCACUCAAGGCGGCCAAGAGGACGGCUAAACCGGGAUUCGACGACCGGGUGGAAGUGGUCGGCGGAGGAAGGGGCGGACGUGGGGCGUGUGGCCGCUGGAUGAUCACCCUGGUGCUUUGUGCAUCUUUCCUGGGCUUGGGGAUGAGUAUCUCUGUCCUUGGCCCCACAUUUGAGGAUCUGGCUGUGAAUGUGAAGAAGAACAUCAGCAACAUCUCCUACAUCUUUGUCGGCCGCUCUGCAGGCUACAUCGGUGGAUCCCUCAUAGGAGGCAUCCUCUUUGACUGCUUGAACCCACAUCUUCUGCUAGGUUUCUCUAUGCUGAUGACAGCGUUUGGAAUGUGUGCUAUUCCUUUCUGUAAGCAGGCUCUGAUCCUCACUGCAUUUAUGUCCAGCAUCGGGAUAUCUAUGGGUGUUCUGGAUACAGGUGGCAAUGUGCUCAUCCUGAACACAUGGGGGGAGCAGGCAGGCCCUCAUAUGCAGGCUCUGCACUUCAGCUUUGCAGCUGGGGCGUUCGCGUCUCCGAUCAUAGCCAAGCUGUUGUUUGGGCUUGACGGGAACAGCAGCAUGGGAAUCACACCCACCACCUCCGCCCCCCCAGUCACCACUACACCGUACACUCCCACAAUCAUCCACUACAUCCACAGCAGGAGCAGCACCCUAAAAUCCAUGUGGGCCUACAUUGUGAUUGGCAUUUUUGUCUUUGUCAUCUCCGUCCUCUUCUUCAUCCCCUACUCUCGCAGCAGCACGUCACGUGACAAAGCCCACACAGUAUCAGGGAAGCCCCUGGUAACCAAACAUUACGUGGCUCUUGUUGCCCUGCUCUUCUUCUUCUUCUUUGCCUAUGUAGGUGCUGAAGUAGCAUAUGGCUCUUUUAUCUUUACCUUUGCUAAAGACUAUGCCCACAUGCCUCAGUCCCACGCAGCAGGGCUGAACUCGUUGUUCUGGGGGGCAUUUGCUGCUUGUCGGGGGUUGGCUAUCUUCUUUGCAACCUGCAUGCACCCGGGCACCAUGAUCCUGCUCAGCCUGGUGGGCUCCACUAUCUCCACUCUUCUUCUCUGCCUCUUCAGCAAAUACAGGGUGGCUCUCUGGUUUUGCAGUGGCCUCUACGGGGUAUCCAUGGCCACUACCUUCCCCAGUGGCAUCUCCUGGGCGGAGCAGUACAUCACAGUGUCAGGCUACACAGCAUCUGUCUUUGUGGUGGGUGCUGCACUGGGUGAGAUGGUGCUGCCUGCGCUGGUAGGCUUCUUGUUGGGGAGGUUCCCAGAUCAUCCAGUUCUGAUGUACCUGUGUCUCAUCACCGCCACCUUCACCUCCAUCAUCUUCCCUGUCAUGUACAAGCUAGCCUCGGCCCCCAGCAUCCAGAGCAGGAAACCCCACGCCAGAGGCCGACUGGAAUCUGACGACAGCGAAUACCGGCAGGCUCUGCUGGAUUCAGGAGCCAAUGAGGAGGAGGAGGAAGAGCAGGACAAUGAGGCGGAUCAGUGGAACGACGCAGACUUUGAGGUCAUUGAAAUGGAUGACACGUCGAGUCUUAUUAAUUCACCCAGCAAAGCAUCUUCUCCUGAUGUCACCGGUCUAACGGGGAGCUCUGCUGCCUCCAGCGCCCCGGGGACACAGCCUGCAGGUGGAGCCUCCUUCUCAGACACUAUCUCUCUGGUAGGAGACUCCCCAAGGCGCAAACUGCUGCUCUCUAUGGACAGAGAGAAAAAAGACUGAAACCUACACUUUAAAGUGCUGUUGAUCCAUGCCUCAAUGUGUGAUUAUUUGUUGUCUUGGACAUAAAGAAUAUUUAUGUACAGCCUGCUAUAAUUAUGACCACUUGUCAUCUCAGAGUAUGGGUUUUAUAGAGAAGGUCUGGAUGAUGGUCAGAGUUUGAAUACUACUGUUUCACUACAGACUGUUAAAUAAGGUAACAUCUUGUUGAUUUCUUGUGUUGUCCUACUCUCCUCUGCAGUGAGGUCAAAGAUCAGGGCAGGCUAGAGAACACAAGUCCCAGGGCUCAUUGAACUUCAGUGCCUUGCUCUCACACGAGCAGAAUGGGCGGGUUGAAAUGGGAACGUCAGCCUCUUCGUCAUCUUGCCACCCUGCUGACAGUGACCUUGGCAUUUAAACGUUAUUUAAUUUUGCACUACUGCAGUGAUAGAACAGCGGAUGUUAUGAAGUGAUUUUUGUUGCACUCCUGUAAAGAUCAGAUAUUUGAAUCUGUUUUUGUUAUGUACUAUAAUGUGCUGAGUCAGUCAUGUGGUCCUCUAAACCACACGUGUUGUCACUGUGAUUCAUCCAUGUUUUUAUUUUUAAUCCCAACUCAUUGAGAGAAAGAAGGCUUUUUAAUACAUUGACUUUUUAUUAUAUCAAUCUCAAACCUCAAUCCACAGCAAUGUCCAUUAAAAACAAACAAAACACCUC